AUGGCUCUACAUCCAUUCCUUGAAAAUUUGAAGGCUCAAAAUGCCUUCUCUGCCAACUCAGCAAUUCUGACAGAAGGUUCUGUUCCCAUCACUCUAGGUGGAAAUCUCUAUCUUAAACUGUAUCCAGAGCUCUCCCAAUAUAUGGGACUGAGUUUAAGUGAUGAACAAAUACAUGAAAAUUCGGCCAUGGUCCCUGGAGCACAAGGUCAGGGGUUGGUAGCAAGACCUUCCAGUGUGAACUAUAUAGCGUCACCUGUACCAGGUAAUGAUGUCGGAAUUCAUAGGACGGAAAUUAAGCAAGGGAUUCAUGAAGUCAUUUUGUGUAAAGACCAAGAUGGAAAAAUUGGACUGAGGCUUAAGUCCAUUGAUAAUGGUGUAUUUGUUCAGCUAGUCCAGGUGAAUUCUCCAGCCUCACUGCUUGGUCUGAGGUUUGGUGACCAAGUGCUUCAGAUCAAUGGUGACAACUGUGCAGGCUGGAGCUCUGAUAAAGCACGCAAGGUGCUCAAGUAG